AUCGAGGCAGACCAUAAAGAAGAAGAAAGAUGGCGGAUGACUACGAAAACGUGGAGAAGACCGUUGGGAAGAGGAAAAAGGGUAGCAUGAAAAAUAAAAGGAGUUGGAGAAAAAAGACAGAUAUAGCAGAUGUUGAAGACCAUUUAGAUGAUCUGAGAAGACAAGAAAGAACUGGAGGUAUUGUUUCUGAGAAACCAAAUGAAGAUCUUUUCUUCAUUGAAAAAGAUGGAAAGGUAGAAAAUGAUAAUGCUGCAAAGACUAACAGGGACAAAAAAGUGAAAGAUUCAAAUAAACUAGCACAGUCUUCAGAUGAAGAAGAGUUUGUUCCUAAAAAAGUAAGAAUACUGAGAAAGAGGGCAUUUAAAAAGGAAAAAGAAAGAAAGUUACUUGAAAAGAUGACCAAAACUACAAAUGACCUCUGGGUUAUGUCAGCACCUGUUAAAGAGAAUAGCUGGAUUGAUGUCACCAAGAAAGCACCACCUAAAAAGCCCAAAACAAUUGGUGCAAAGCCCUCUUCCUUGAAACCUGUUCAAAUUUGCCAUCCUGGAGCAUCAUACAACCCUGAAUAUGAUGACCAUCAGAAAAUACUAAGCCGCGCACUAGAAAAAGAACAGGCGUUUUUAAAGAAUUCAGAAAAGCUUCAAAAUAAAUUAAAGUUUCUCACAGAAGAAGAAUUCAAGAAAAAGCCUGGAUGGUUUCAAGAAAUGAGUGAAGGAUUGGUACCAAGUAAAGGCAGCGAAGCUACAGAGGAUUCGCAACCUGGAGUUGAGGAUAUUGAUAUAUUACCUAAGACAGUGAAUCCAGAUGACAGGAAAACAAGGAAACAACGAAGAAAGGAGCUGGAUCGUCGGAAGGAGGACAAGUUAAAGGAAGAGGAAAGGUCAAGAAAACUUCGUUCAAACGAUAUCUACAGAUUGAGGUCUUUGAAAAAGGAGCUCAGAGAAGAUGAAGGUAAAAGAACAGAAAAACAAACAUUGAAGAGAAAGCUAAUGCUGCGAAAGUCAAUCCAGCCGAAAAGGCUCGGGAAACUCAAAUACAGAGAACCGAAAAUCGAUUUUCAACUCAGUGAAGAAUUGUCAGGCUCUUUUCGAGGACUUCGGCCAGAAGGAGAUCCAAUCAUUGACAGAAUGAAGAGCUUUGAAACGCGCUCUCUAAUUGAGCCUCGGAGAAAAGUGAUACCUCACCGGAAAUUCAAAAUCAAGUAUGUCGAGAAGCGUUCAUACAAGCAGCCGACAGUCAAAGACUUCAUUAAAGCAACCUAAUAAUCUGAAAUGCACACCAUCAAUGCAGCCCGGACUGAGCUUUUCCCAGCCAGAUGUUAAUUCGCAUCCAGAUGAAACAAACCUCCGGGGCAACAAAUUUUUGUGGAUGACCAAAGAUUUUGAAAUUGAAGAUAACAAGUGGACUCUAGAAUGUCUCAAUCCACUUCUCCACUUUUAAUCUGUAUCCACUUUUAGUCAUAUUUGUCAGUAUAACUCUCCCUUUGGUACAUGAUAUUAGAGCCAGACGUCUGGCUAGUUCCCAUCUUUAUAGACAUCCAGAAAGUACGUACACCCGAAAACCAUGAUUUCAAAAUCCCCAUCUCCUUCUUCAAUCAUGAUCACCGUCUUCCUGUAACAGGAUACUUGACGUCUCCUGCCUUCGAUUUUAAGAAAGUACAACGUCAAAAGAUGCUGUAUGAAGCCUUCUGGUUGAAAAUUUAGGAAUUUGUAUCACAUGUUUGAUAAUUUUUAGAAGGCAUGUGCGUUUUCCUGGAACCUUCUGUCCUCCUCCUACUCUGUACGAGAUCCUAUGCUUUCGUCUUUAGACUUUCCUUAUGUACUUCAUUGAUGCCCCUUAAUAGUGGAAUUCAUAAUGUUAUUACUGAUUUUACACUGAUGCAGUAAAUCACAUUUAAGUCAUACUAUACAGUAAAUAUACUAUACAGUAAAUCAACGCUUAGAAGAAUCUGUUUUCAUAGUCAGACUGUUCUAGGUUUUUUUCAAGGGCGUAUGAUGAGUUCUGGGUCAAAGGUUCUUUUUCCAAGUGGUUUGUUCCUUGAAUUUCGAACCAAAAUAUCAUUUUUAGAAAUUAUUUUUAUAAAAAUUUAGAAUUCAAAUUUUUAUCUGAUGCACGGAAUUUUUAAAAUGAACAGUUAACUAGACACAGAAUUUGUCGCUUAAAAUUAACUAGACUCAGUCUGCAAUUACAAAUGAUCCUUUAAUGUAACCUGCAAACUUUCACGAAGGUGCUUGUAAUAUCAAAAACCUUACAUAUUUCUGGGCCUAAAAAGUUACUUUUAUGCAAUGUACUUAAUCGAAGAGAGGCAGAGUCAAUGUUCUUAUUUUCUAAAGUUCCUCGUGGCGGGGGUUCACUGUGUAAUAAGCAAUCUACAACACUGUGUCGAAAAACUGAUUUGUCGAGAAGUAAGCUAUUAGAAAUUUGUUGGUAUUUUAAAGGGCAUAGAAAUUUGUCCAGAAAAAAUGUGAACAAUAUUCCUUUUGACAAUCUGUCAUUCUUUGUAUUGCAGUAUGAAAUUUAAAAAAAAUGUUUGAAAGUUUUAAAUUUCUCUUCUAGUAAACUUGGAAUAUUUGCCUAACUAACCAUUGCAAGUAGCACCUAGAAGAUGAUCACUCGUCAUAGCUGUGAGCACUUUGAUAAUAAGCCUGUAUCCCCAGUUGUCAGUUGGAUGUCACAAGCCAGAAAUGGGCCUAGAAUAUCAAAGCUACUUUUUGUUUAUUCUACCUGCUCGCUGUUUUCGUAGCGUAUUCUUCAAGAAAUAACCGUUCAUAAAGUUGUAUGUUACAAUUAGAUUGUUGUAAUCACAAAGUUAUGGAAGAUGCACUGGGAAGGUGACAUUCACGCCCAUUUCUGUUAUAAAAAGCUGGCAGUCAUAUGGCCCUCCAAAAAUGUUGAUGUCUUUGUUAUAGAGAAAGAAAUGUGGAACUAGUUUUUGAACCAUUUUAAAGUAGGUCUGUUA